AUGGCGUGCACCAGAAGACCAAAUGGGAGUAACAUGACGCCUUUUGAUCUAGACCUUGGGAGUCGAUACAGCAGCGCUUCGAGGGAUACGGGCGAAAACAACAAGUACAGAUCGCGGCCUACCUCCACUGCGCAAGAGAUGAUUGCUCGCCCCAGCAUGCUGAACCCAGGCGAUUGGCUUCCCGUGCUGUACCUGCAUGAGGCUCUAGGCAAGCGUGCUAUUUAG